UUCGACAUAUAUGACAUAUCGUUGCCCUUCGAAAAGAUAAUUCUUCCAAGUCUGUAAAGUUUUAAUGGUUUAAGAUUUUUGUAGAGUAGAUCAAUCUGCUCCCCGAUUGAUUUCAGCUCUUGAACAAACCAUUCUGCAGGUGUCUUUUCAUCUCUAUUUUCUUGUCUGUAUGAUUUAUAGCUAGAUAAUCCAUCAUCAUAGCUACAUUUUAUAUAGUAGCCUAUGCUGUACGCUUCAUGCAGUUGAAAAGCAUUUUCAUUUCCAGUAUGCUUUAACAUACAUUCAAAAUCUGCAUAAAUAACAAAAGUCACUUUUUCACUCUUACUAUAAUCUUCAAAUUUAAGAAUGUUAUUCUUAGAGUCAGGCAGAUUUAUCCGGCAACUAUUCAAAUUUUUACAGUUAUUUUCGUGAGAUUCCAAUCUUUCUUCAUUGUAAAAUACUUGUAAACACCUUUCACAAUGGUGAGAUUUUAUAUGAGAUUUAGAUAAUUGAGAACACAAAAGCCGGGACAUAUUUUUAAUCCAAACAUAGUGGUAUUUAGGUAAGCUUCCAUCAUCAUCACGAUUAUUUUCUUCAUAUUCGUUUAUGUAAAAAUCUUGAAUCAAGAGCAAAUUUACAUGUUGAUCCUUCUUCUCAGAUGUAACAUGACAAGGUGAUACUUCGAAUUAAUUCUUUUUAAUGUCCAUUGUUUCCUCUCCACUUUUCUGCAUAGAAAAUUCGGCGAUGAAGUCAGAAUUAACUUUCACUGCAUUAUACUCAUCUAAGCAGCUCUUUACCUUAUCAUUAAAGAGCUUUUGUGCAUCGUUUAAAAAACUUAGAAUAUCAACAUGUUUUAUAUUUAAUACCACACCACUUCUAAUUCUAUUCUGAAAAGCUGACUGCACAUCUCACCACUCUACUCUAGCUUCAGUUUCUUCCUCCGCUUGUAAAAUACCUCCACACCGAAGGUGUUGUUCGAAUUCAACUUGUAUGCACGACAAAUGUGUUAAACAAGUUUGACACUUUUGUUUUUCUCCUCGCGUUAAAUUCGCUUUAUCAAUUUUAUCGUUCAAUUCCUUUAUCGUAGAAUUACACACGUCCAGCCAAUGAUAAAUAUCUUCAUCGCUCAUAUCAUUUUUACUUUGUAUGGUGUCACGAAGUAAGCCAACAAGACGUUCAAAAAAAUCCAUCGAAUUCAUCUUUACUUUUUACUAAAAUAUGACUAGAAUAUUAUUCGUGAACUUGCACAAAAUUAUCACUUUAAAUCAAGGAAACGCAACUGACGAACUGUGAUCGUUCAAGGAAGAUGCUCCCGCUCUUAAAUAGGGAGAGAAGGUAUUCUCGCAAAGGAUCAAUGGUAGAGUCGAAGAGCUAGUAGAUAAGAUUAAGAGAAAGAUUUUCUCGGAAAAGACCAAUGGUGUGGACGAAGAGCUCAUAGAUAAGAUAAGAACGAAGAUUUUCUUGAGAGGGGAUGCAUUUUCUUUCUUUUCAUCCAAUCCAAAAUCGACUUUUAAAAUCCUAGAUAAGCCAGAGGCGGAGUUAUGUAUUAUAAAAACAGAGAGUAAGAGUCUAGCUCAGAUCAUUUCUUACUAAAUAGCAAGAUGACUAGCGUGAUUGAUAGAAGUUCAAGUGAAUAUAAUAUAUUGUUUAGAAAUACAAUAUUGCAAUGUCAAGAAGAAGAAAAAGUUUAUCUCUGUGACAUUCAAGGUUUUCAAAGAAUUGCCGUCGAUACUUUUAUUUUCAAGGAAAUCAGUUUUCUCAAUUUGAGUAUAACUGCUUUACCGACUGCGUAUCUCUUUAAACCUCCAUUACCACGGGAUGAACUAACAGAGGAAGAAAAAUGUAUGACUCACUGGAUUGGAAAGAGCCAUCACAGCAUAGAAUGGGAUUCUGGAGAUAUUCCAUAUCACCGUCUUCAUAAAAUUUUAGAAAUAUGUACGCAAGGAGUCACAAAAUUAUUCGUCAAAGGAAAGCAGAAAGCAGAAUGGAUAAAAAAUUUAUUGCCCGAUUUAUCAAUCACAAACGUCGAAAAUUUUGGCUGUCCAUCGUUUGAAAAAAUAAUAUAUGAUAAGCAGUUCGUCUGCUUUAAUCACGAUCUCUGCAUUAGAAGAGUGCCUAUGUGUGCUGUUCGAAACGUUAUUGCAAUACGAACCUGGCUACUCGAUUAUUUAGAUGAUCGAUUCAGUUUAGAUACGGUGGAUAAUCAAAAUUCAAAAUGUAUUUGCUUAUACUAGAAAUCAGCUUAACUAAAUAAAAAAUGAUUUUAAUAAA